AUGGCAGAAACAGAAGAUACAAACGAAUACGUUGGUGCAUCAGCAAAUCAAGUAUUAUUUCAUGCAAUCACUUCAGGUAACGUUGACCUUUUACAAGAAGUACUUCAAGGCGGUAAAGCAAGUGGUGGUAAAAAACCAGAUUUAGAAGCAAGAAAUGCAUUAGGAGAUACACCUGUUUUGGCAAGUCUAAGGGCUGGACAAUUGGAUAUCCUUGCUGUGCUGUUGGAUGAAGAAGUUGAUGUAGACGAAGCAGAGACGAAGCAUGAUGGUGAUCGACCACUUCAUCUGGCUGUAAGAUUAGAGGAUGACGAACAGAGAGAAUGGACUGUCUCUCAACUUCUUGAAGCAGGAUCUGAUCCAAGACUAACGAACAAUGAUGGAUUCAAGCCAGUCGAUAUCCUGACAGCCGGCGAACAGAACGAGAAAGUACGAAGGCUAUUGCGUGAUGCAGAAGCAAUCUCUGGAUUCAACAAAGCAGACGUUGUUGAUGAGGACGAGGAAUCAGACGAAGGACCACCAUCAGAUGAAGAUUAA